CAGAGGCUUCCUUGGGAAGAGGAGGUGUAGGACAGAGCUCUGGAGGGAGUACGAGCUCUGCUGCCAGGAGGCUGGGGGAGAGGGCCAGCCUCAAGGCCAAGGCUGCGGGGGAGGGAGAACCGAAAGCCUGGUCAAGCCUGAAGGGCCUAGACCAAGGCUGCGGCUCAAAGGAAUAUCCCCUCUGCCUGCUCCAACCCAGACCUACCUCAGCUCCGGCUCCUCCAGGGCUGGCCAUGGACUCUGCGGCCAGGGACAACAUGCAGCCUGAGCUUCCCCCUGGCUCUUCCUGCCCAGGAUCUGAGUGGCCAGAGCAGGAGAGGGCAGAGCAGUUGGCCCGGGGUGCUGCGCUCAAGUGGGCAUCAGGCAUCUUCUACCGGCCAGAGCAGCUGGCCAGGCUAGGCCAGUACCGAAGCCGUGAGGUGCAACGUACCUGCUCCCUGGAAGCACGGAUCAAGUCAGUGGUGCAGUCAUACCUGGAGGGCGUGAAGACUGGUGUGUGGCAGCUGGCCUGGGCCCUGGAGGCGGUUCAGGGAGUCCGGGAGACCCUGGGCCAGGCCCGGGGGUUGCUUCAGGACAUGGCUGAGGCUGCCCAGACCCUGGAGCCCCUGCGGGAGCAAGUUGCCCAGCACAAGCAACUGCAGGCCCUGUCUCAGCUACUGCCCCGGCUGCGGGCAGUGCCAGCUGCAGUGGCCCACACGCAGGCCUUGAUUGAUAGCCAGCGCCUCUUAGAGGCCUAUGUGAGCCUGCGGGAGCUGGAGCAACUUCAAGAGGAGACCUGGGCACCUCUGGGAGGUCUGGAGCUGCCAGUCUUCGAGGGAUUGGGACCCUUGGCUGAGGCACUGGGCCAGGCAGUGGAGGCAGCUGCAGGGGCUGCAGGACAGCUGGCACGGCAGGACCCAGCCUUGCUGGUGGCUGCUGUGCGUGUGGCAGAGGUGGAGGCUGGGCGCACAGCCUCUCAGGGGCAAGCCCCCCGGGACUGGCGACUGCGCUGUCUGCGGGCACUACAGGAGGGCCUGGAGCGGGCCCACUUUGGGACACCCCUGCUGCCUGGGCCAGGAGCCCUAGCAGGGUGGCUGGAGACUCUUCAGGUGGCCAUACCAGCUGAGCUGGCCACAGCCGAGGCACUCAUAGCACCCUGCUGCCCACCACACUACAAAGUGGUCCGGCUGUGGACCCACACCCUGCACAGUGGCCUGCGCCGCCACCUGCAGCAACUCCUGGAAGGGCCCGCUGAGCUGGGAGCUGCCGACGCCUUCACCUUGCUGCAGUGGGCACUGAAUGUGUACCUGGGCCCAGAAAUGAUGGGGAGUCUGGAACUGGGGCCUGAGGCUGAUGUGUCUCAGCUGGAGCCCCUCCUGACCCUGGAGAACAUUGAGCAGCUGGAGGCAACAUAUGUGGCAAAAGUCCAGGCAAGUGUGGCCCAGUGGCUGCAGAAGGCUCUGGACGGGGAGGUAGCUGAGUGGGGCCGAGAGCAGGAGCCAGACACAGACCUGACUGGCUUCUACCAUUCACCAAUGCCCGCCAUCGUGCUGCAGAUCCUGGAAGAGAACAUUCGAGUGACCUGUCUGGUCAGUGAGUCACUGCAGCGGCGGGUGCACGGCAUGGCGCUCUUCGAACUGGGCGCAUUCCUGAGGAGCUUCAGUGAUGCUCUGAUUAGAUUCUCCCGAGGUCACCUCAGGGGGGAAGCAAUGGCACCUCAUUAUGUGCCCUACCUACUGGCUGCUCUCAACCACCAAUCAGCACUCAGCUCCUCCGUGUCCGCCCUGCAGCUCGACAGGCUGGCGUCAGGGGCCUUGGCUCCGGUGGAGGCGGCGCUGGACGAGUUGCAGAGGAGGAUCUGCCGCCUGGUGUUGGAGGCGCUGCUGGGGGAGCUUCAGCCUCUGUUCGUGGCUCUGCCUUCGCGCCGGUGGUUGUCGAGUUCGGAACUGCUGGACGAUGUGUGCGCACGGACGGCGCGCUUCUGCAGGGACUUUGCGCACGUACGGAGCCCGGCGGCCCAGCUGCUGCUGGAGGAGGUGGAGCGCGCCGUGGUGCUGCAGUACCUGCGCGCGCUGAUGCAGGGCCGCCUCGUGUGCCGCUGCGCCGACGAGCGCGCCCAGGCGGCGGAGCGCCUGCGGCAGGAUGCAACUCAGCUUCAGGAUCUUUUCCAGGGUUUGGGCUUGGAGGCGAGCAUUCAGUGCGUGCCGGUGCUGCUCGCCCUGCGGGAGCUGCUGAGCCUCCGCGACCCCACGCUGCUCGGCCUCGAGGUGGCCGGCCUGCGGCAACAGUUUCCCGACGUGAGCGAGGAUCACGUCUCCGCCCUCUUGGACCUGCGCGGGGACGUUUCUCGAGAGCAGCGCCUGGCGGCACUCAGCUCCCUGCAGGCCGGCCCGCACCCCUCGCCCCCCGCGGGGCGCCGCGCGCUCUUCAGCCUGGUGCCGGCACCUACCCCCGCGCUGUCCUCCUGCCUGUCCUCGGGGCCCUGCGCCUGACGCGCGGCCGCCCCGCCGCGGAAUAAAGCCCAGGCCCCGUGUCCCUGAAGCGUGUGUGCU